ACGUCUGUCUGUGCGCGGGACGACUUCAGUAAAAAUUACUGAAUCCGAUUGCACUUUCGUCUCUAUGAUGCUUGGCUGGACGUCCUGUACCCAAUGCCUCGGUGGCCAUGCUCCGUUUCUCAAAAUCCAGUGAGAUUUUGGCGAUGAACGCUAAAGCAUUCGAAUCUUAAGGUUUGAACGGCCACUUCAGACAACGAAAAAAGUAAAAAAAGAUUUUUUUUUUUACCUCAUCUCAGUUCGUGGUUCUUGGAUCUUCUCACCAAAUGAAACAGGAGGCCCGAGGCGCUCGUGUUUUUUUGGCCCCACUUUUUUUGCCUUUUUUCCGCGAGGAGCAGAGGAAGGACUGGAAGAGCUAAUUUUUCAGUGGCUUCGAUACCACGCGCCCUCUAGUGGUUCCCCAAAAGUGACCAAAGCUCCGGGCGGAAUACCCACGACGUCGGGAGAUACCACGACGGACACUGCGAAACGACGCACGUCGGGACUCCUCCUUUAGAACUUCCCGGGACGCAGGUUGUAAUUGAGUUUCUGACGGAGGACUUGCCUCUCGGGAGGGACGCCCGACACCAGCUCCUGAAGGUGUGACAGUCUUUCCGUUGACACGGGAGGCCACGGAAGAGAAUGUGACAAUACCGAGGGCACCAGGGAACCGACCGAAGGAUGCCUCGCAGUGCUCGAGUUGUUUUCGUUGCUCUCUGAAACUGGGUGAGACUGAGAAACGCUCUCGCUCGUUCAUUUCUCCUGAAGCCUGUAGUGAAUGACAGUUGCCAUAGAAUGAGUGACAUUGACGAGUUGUGGUCGGUGAUUUUAUGAAAGACGAGAAACGAUAAUACCAAACAACUUUUAUAGAAACUGCCGCUGUUGACGUCAGUAAUCAAAAAGUUUUUGUCUAAUUUGAGAAUGAUCAAUGAAUAAACGAAAGACCGGAAUAAUAAGCUACAGGUGAACAAAUCCUUCUUUUUAAGAAACGCCAAGCAAUUCGUGCUUACACACAAAUGGAAGAAAGGAUUUUCACCGUUUUAAAGGACUAUUUCGAGUAAGUAAUGAAAUUAAGUAGGUGUUUUCGUCAGUAAUAAUUUUUCAUUAAGAAAAUUUGAAGUGGCUUUAAAUGCUUUGUAACCUUGUCGAAUCAUUACUUCUGGUUUGACAGGUCAGAUGCUAAGACUUACUUUGGAGAGAAAAAACGGAACUGCAAUUGAUCUUUUUCCACUUAAGUGAUGGUCAUAAGAUCUUGAAUAUGCGUGUCAAUAUUUCUAGUAUGCAAAUGGAUCAUCUGACUGCAUAAUUUAUCUGAUAACCAUCAGGCAAUCUUUCUUUUGUAAAGACAUGCAAAAUUGUAAGGAGAUUCCAUCGCGCUGUAAGUAAUUAUCCCAAAAUACUCUGAUCUAUUAUGCUGGCACUUUUUCGUAGAUGACCUUCAUAAAUAUGUCAGAAUUCAGUCGGCAAAAACUUCAAAAGUAUUCCGUGAAAAACUGCCCUCCGUCCAAAAGAAACUUGAAAUAAAAAAAAAAAAAAAAAAAACAAUUGGCAAGACUUGAAAUAGUGAAUAACAGGUUGUGCUGUUGAUAAACAUUCCUCUCGCAAUCGUACACUGACAGAUCACGACAGGGAAAAUAAAACGAACAAGAAGCAAAUAUAAUGUGUUGAAAACUGGUCUGCAUUCAGCCCCCUCACCCCCUACCGGCUUGCGUAGGGUCUCUUAUUGAUAGAUUGUCUUGAUUAUACAUCACACACAUCGGCCUCAUGCAUGAUAUCAUCAAAAUGUGCAGCUUCGAGGGCACGAAGUCCACGAAGGGCGCCUCCAAGAUGAGGCGUGACCUCCUGAACGCUGAAAUCAGCCAACUGAGGGACCUCCUGCCGCUGCCGUCGUCCACACGCCAGAGGCUCUCCCAACUGCAGCUGAUGGCCCUCGUCUGCGUCUACGUCAGGAAGAGUAAUUACUUCCAGCAAGCUAUGAAACAUGCUCCAGCCACUCGAGCAGAUGCACCUAACCUGGAGUUCUUGAAGGCACUAAGCGGCUUUCUGAUGAUGCUCACUCAAGGUGGAAAAUUACUCUACAUCUCUGACAACGCUGCCGAGUACCUCGGUCACUCCAUGGAGGACCUCCUGAUCCACGGCGACAGCGUCUACGACAUCAUAGACAAGCAGGACCACGCCGCCGUCCAGGCCGAGCUCCUGAGGGGCUCCCAGGUCACUUCGUCAGCCUCUUCGUCGGUCCUCUCGCUCGACGAAGAUCGCCUCUUCCUCUGCCGCAUGAACGUCUCCAGGAACGCCAGGAGGCAGAUGCGCUUCGGCGAUCAGAAGGUCGUCAUCGUCGCCGGCCACUACCUCUCCUACCUUCCUCUGUGUUCGAGGAACGAGCCGGUGUUCUUGGCGCACUGCACGCCAGUGGCCAUGCCGGAGACGCGCGAGAGCGUUGUCCUAGGAGCCACAAACGUCUUCACGUCAGUCCACACCUUAGACAUGAAGUUUAUCAAUCUGGAUAAAAUCGGCGAGUUCUAUUUGGGAUACAACCGUUCGUCCCUCGCCGGCGUCUCCUGGUACCACCUCAUUCAUCCGGAAAAUAUGAGGGAGGCGCAGACGAAGCACAGACUCAUUACUACCAGCGAGCAAGACCGUUCCUGCAUCUUGUUGCUUCGACUCCAGGCCGCCGGAGGCGCCUGGCGUUGGGUCCACUGCGUCUUGCAAGUCAAAGAUGGCGCCGAAUCCUGCCAGCAGACGCAACUCGGCGCCCUCACAGGCCCCCCGCCCAUAACGAGCGGCAGCGGAAGCGCCAGUGCAGCAGGUGCCAGCAGUAGCAGCAGCAGCAGCAGCAGCAGCAGCUCCACAACUGCCAGCAGUAAUAGCAGCAGUAGCAGCGCUAGCAGUAGCAACGGGAGUGGCAGCGGUAGUAGCAGCAGUACUAGCUCUGGUUCGACUCAGCAGCCCGUGAUUGUGGCCACGAAUCAGGUGCUCGGAGAUCGUGAGGCGGCCGUGCUGAGGGCUAAUUCUUGGCUCUAUCACUAUUAUUCGAUGCAGUCCAAGUUGCAAUACGGGUUGGCGUACGACGCGCACGCGCAGCGAGUGCACGCGUAUUACCCGCAAGUUAUGACAUAUCAGAGUGACCCAGGAGCCGCCUACAUGAAUUCUUCCGCCCUGAACGGCACCCACUACCAUCAGCCAUACGCCCCGGCAACUGCGCAUGCUCCCUACUCUCUAACGACGCCAUCCGCUUACGCUCACCUCCAACACUAUCACCACCACUACUCCGUCCGUCUCCAACACGGCCUGGACUACUCGCGAGACGCCGCGUGGGGUUACUACGACACCAACCACACCUCCAACACGACUUCGUCAUCAUCAUCUUCUUCAGCGACCCACGGCCACGCGUCCUCGACCUCCCGGAGCAGUAGGUCCUCCGAGUCACCCACAGACACCAAGAGGAGGUCCUCGCCUUCUGUCAACCACGGCGUCUCCGAGGGCAGCGGCGGCGGAGCUGGUGCCGCAGCAGCAGCAGCAGCAGCGGCAGCAGGAGGGGGCGUGGCCGUUGCAACCCCAGUGGCCGUGAGGGCUGCCCCUGCGGGAGUUCACAAAGGGGCUUCCUCUCCCGAGCUGGAACACCUCGACGUUCCCUGGAAGGCUUCGCCGACGCAGGAAGUGCCCGAUUACCCAGAGUACUCCCCUUACAUCACGCCUCCUUACUCGGCUGCUACGCCCACGAAGCAUCACGUCUUCUCCUUCGAUCCCAACGAUCCGAGGGACGCCCACACUCAGCAUGACCAGCACGUGCCCUCAGGACCUGCUGAUCCAAGAGAUGCUCCUUGGUAUUCCCACGCCUUCGUCAGGUGAUCUUCACACGAUGUCGUUAAAUUAUAU